CUCCCCUCGAAGGUGAGAGAUAGAAGCAAAAACUGGGUUCUCGCCAAUCUUCUAUCAUUUGUAUCAAAACUUGCGUUCGAGGAGUACAAGUAUUAUCGAAAUCUACCUGUGUACCUGGUGGGGUUUUUAGUUAAACCAAUCUCAAUUCUACCAAGGAGAGGAACGCCCAUCGGUACAAUGCGGGACCGGAAAUGUCGUCGUCAGGUCAUCAAGUGCGGUAAAAGGAUGAUGUGCCGCGGGCGUGCAGCAAUCCGAUUUAAAGUUGCAGGUUUCGGAAAGUUCCGGAAUAGUUCGGGCGCAUCCGUUUAAUACCUACCAGGUCCGUAACGCAGGGGGGUCAGUCUUUAGCGCGCGUUAGUUCAGAUUGGACGUAGGGCGUCCCUCAUCCUCGUAUUUAAUUUCGAAUUUCACCUAUACGUGUUUUCAAAAUCGAAACAAGAGGAAAGAAACGAGUGCAACUUUUCGCCUUAAAUUUAUUAACGUUGCUAUACAUUAUUCGUCAUAAUUCACAACCGACAGGAUGUGCAGGAGCAUAAGUUUCAGGCUCAGUCUGCUGGUCCUCGUGGUCUACUUGGGACCGUUGUCGUUAUCGAAAAAUGUGGAAGGAACGUCCGCAGUUGGGAAUCCCGGGGGAUCGGAUUCCCCGAUUUUCGAGACCGUUCACACCAGCAACGCCGCUAUUUUCAAUCGUCUGGGUUUGUCACCUCUCCGCAUAUCCCAAGGGCACCACAAGAAGCGUUUGGCGGGUCCGGAGCCACCCUUGAAUUUCGCAUCCCAAGGUCACCUCCAGUCUUACGGCAGGCGGCACGGCCACAGAGACAGUCACGUUUACAUCGUCAAGUUGCCACCUAGUCUUCCGUAUUACGCGAUCACCAGGCCUCACAAAGAGUCGAAAACUGACGUGAACGUUGUGAGGGACAACGCGAAUUUUCCCGUAGGAUUUCAGAGCAACGGGAAACCCGGCGGUAUUUACCACUGGAAUUUACCGGUGAUGAAAAAAAUGGCGGAGAAAAAAAGGAUAGUCGAGCACAGACUGCAGCAGGUUCAAAAACAGAAAGAGAAACAAGAGAAUUUGAACGACGUUGGGACGGUGGGAAAAAAUACUUCGAACAAAACGGAAGAGGGGAAAAAAGAAUCCCCGGCCAAUUUGACGCGGGUCAAAGGCCAAAUCGGUGGUAACGAUUUACCGGAAGUUGAUAAACGCCCCGCGGAUAAUAUCCCCGUUGUAAAACACGUCAGAAAUAAUGACAAACGUUUGAAUUAUUCGGGUAAAGAAUUCUCGAACGGGGAUGCCAGAAAAGGAACAUCGAGCGGAAUGAAACAGAACUUUGGAACGGGAAAUAAAAAUUUCAGAUUGGACGAUUCGGUUCUAUACAGAAUAAAACCUGACCACAAGGGUAUGUGGAACGGCGCGGCGUCGUCUUCGAAUCCGCACAAUUCCAUUUACAAUAUUGGCAAUACCGUGUCCCACCAAAAGCAGCUGAAGAAACAUAGGAAAAAAUCGGCCAUGUCGUAUUACGCACCGUUCAGUCUAAAAUCUGGAUCGACGAGCUUGCACAAGAAUUUUUCUGGCAAUGGUAAACCGAAAGCGUUUUAUGUGAUCGAAAAAAGUCGCAAACCGGUUUACUAUCAUCCUCUUCUUCCUUAAGAGAUAAUUAUUAACGAAACUUAGAGCUUUUCGGAUGGUGAAAAAUUGAAAAACUGAAAAAUAUUGUAUAUCUCGAUAUUCGUUGAACGCGGUAUAUAAAUUGCUCGAUAGUCUGAAAGUAAAUUAAGUAACAGAACAAAAAAAAAAAAGAAGUGUUCUUCGAGGUUUGUAUUUUAUAGGACGAGAAAUUUUCGCAAAUUUUUUCCAGUUCUUAUUGCAAUGCGAAAUAAUAAUUAUUAAUCAUUAUUAUUAAUGUGAUGUAAAAUGUAUAUAAUUAUAGUUUCAUUUAACUGCAUGAGCCUACACGUUGAUGAUUAAAAAGUUUGCGUGCUUUUUUGAAAUUUUGUUUUUCCGUCAAAAUUGAAUGAAAUUGUUGAAAAAACUAGCUGUCUAUUUUAUAGCCAAAAAUAAGGUUUUUCUCAUGCGGUAAAAAUUGUAAUUAACAUUAUUAUAAUUAGAAACGUACUUAUGAUAAAUUAUUGUGACAUGUUUGAUCGAUUGAUUGAUUGUCUGAUUGAUUGAUUGAUUUAUUUCUUCUAAGGUACGACUAUAUGUUAUAGCGGAAUUAUAAUAAUUGUAAGUUAUAUUUUAUAGGAAGACUCGACAAUACUUUUCCAUAAGAUAUACAAAUUUAUGUUUUUUAUACAUUUAUAGAUAUAUAUGAAUAUAUAGAUAUAUACCGUAUACAUAACUAUUACAUCAUGUAACGACGCCCCUCUAAUUUUUAAAGAGGUCUGAUCACUGUAUUAGAAUAUCUCAAUUUAAUAUUACGUACCACACAACGUUUUUAUAUACGUCCAUUUUUUUACAUAAGAUUUUUAUAUAUUAUCAUUAGAAUCCUAAGUUAGAUUAAUGUGUUAGGCAUAUAUAUUUGUAUGUAAUGAGAACGUACGCAAUUAGUAUUAUACAUAUAUAUGAAUAUAUGCAUAUUAUAUAGUGAAUAUUAUAACGUAUUUGCAAUAAAGUAUUUAUA